ACCCUCCAAAAAAGAUGAUGUCCUACGUCAGAAGGGAAGGCCCCUCAGAUCAGUGGGCUCUGUCGACCAUGCACGACAUUGAACAACCAGGCCACACAGUCAGCACAGUCUCCCAAGUCGUCCGAGCCAGGGUCUCAGCCAAGCCCCAGCUACUCAAAAGAGUACGAGUGAUCGAGGAUGAACAAUACAGAAUCUAUGCAUCGACAACAAACAUCCAAGACCUCCCUGUGCCAGGAUCAGGGCAAGGAGGAUGUGCGACCCCGCCUCAACUCGGGAAACUGAGUUCCGCGGAAGGUGAGGCGACUCCACCUUCUACUCCGCCAGAUUCGGUCGCCUUCCUAGCGGCCUCCUGCACAUCUGGGGAGGAUGCGAAUGUCGCAGGUUCUCGUUACACUUACGAGGACUAUGCUGUCCACUUGGUUCCACCGCUGGACCAACCGCUCCACGUGCAACAAUCUACCGCAUGCACGGUUUCAUCACCAUCGACAACCGAUUCGGCAGCUUCGCCGCCAUCUAUCGCCGGGGAUUCAUCAUCGUGGUCAAGACUUGAGGUGCUCGACCCACUGACGUUCACGGACUUCCAGUGGAUGCCCGUUCCCCCGACCGGACGAUUGCCAAAACCGCAUUUCAAUGUGCUCAUGGCACAACUGCGGGAUUACUUGCACACUGCAGGACCAGCUCCGUUGAUGGACGCCGGAGUAGAGGUUGUCGACCUUCACGCUUACAUUGCGAAGAUCGACCGCGAGUUCAAGACGCAACGGCAUGACGACAUCGACGCACCAUUGCGAUAUGUACGCAUUCAGACCAGAGAGGCGACCUGCAACGCCUUGAUCGAUUGCGGAGCAUCUCGCAACUACAUCAGCCAGGACUUCAUGGUGCGCGCCGGCCUUGGCCCACACGUCCGGAGGAAGUCCCAGCCUACGCAAUUCACGUUGGCGGACGGUCACACGCACAAGUCAAUCGACCGGUGCAUUGACAACGUCCCAGUGUACUUCGCCCCUCACGCAAGUGAGGCGGUGUCCUUUGACAUUCUGGACACCAAAUUUGACAUGAUCUCGGGCAUGUCAUGGCUGCGAAGCGAGGAUCACCCGGUGAACUUCUUCCACCGCACCAUUCACAUUCGUGAUCGGAACGGAGUACUAGUUCCAUGCACAGUGCCUCUUCCUCAUCCUUCGAUCAGCUGCCACAUGGUAUUCGCCGCAAGCAUGCGAGCUUCCAUCAUUAGAGACGACAUCGAGGAGAUGGGGGUGUGUUUUCUCCACGCCCUCCCGCCCCAUGGCGCUUCAUCGGCGGACUCACCUUCGGAUCCACGCAUCACCGAGUUUCUCAACGCCUACAGCGACGUGUUCGAAGGCCCGCACGGAGUAGUACCGGAUCGACCCAUCCGCCACGAGAUUAUCCUCGAGGACGGGGCCGUACCUCCGCGCGGUUGCAUCUACCGAAUGAGCGAGGAAGAGUUAAGUGUGCUUCGGGCACAACUCGACGACCUUCUGGAGAAAGGCUGGAUUCGGCCUAGCUCAUCGCCAUACGGUGCUCCUGUUCUCUUCGUCCGGAAGAAGAACAAGGAUUUGCGGUUGUGCAUCGAUUAUCGCAAGCUCAACGCGCAGACGAUCAGAAACGUCGGCCCUCUCACACGCAUCGAUGAUCUCCUCGAGCGACUAGGCGGCGCCAAGUUCUUCUCCAAGCUCGAUCUCAAGUCGGGAUAUCACCAACUCGAGAUUCGCAAGGAGGACCGUUACAAGACCGCGUUUAAGACGCGAUAUGGGCAUUUCGAAUGGCUGGUUAUGCCAUUUGGCCUUACGAAUGCCCCGGCCACUUUCCAAGCGGCUAUGACAACGGAACGGAGUUUGGAGGAGCAUGUGGAACACCUGCGCACCGUUUUGGAGCGGCUACGACAAGCCAAGUACAAGGCCAACCGCGACAAGUGCGAAUUCGCACGACAGGAGCUGGAGUACUUGGGACAUUAUGUGACGCCGCAAGGCAUCCGUCCGCUUGCGGACAAGAUCGAGGCCCUACAAGUGCCAUUCGUAUUCGAUGACGACGCACGCCGGUCAUUCCAAGCACUUAAGACGGCUAUGCUCAUGGCACCCGUCCUUAGCAUCUACGACCCCACCCUGCCUACGAGAGUGACUACGGACGCUUCCGGCUACGGUAUUGGGGUAGUCUUGGAACAGCACGACGGCGACGACUGGCACCCUGUGGAGUAUUUCAGCCACAAAGUGCCUCCCAUCAACUCACUUGAUGAUGCAAGGAAGAAGGAGCUACUCGCGUUCGUCAUGGCUCUCAAGCGAUGGCGGCACUUCCUCCUUGGGCGUCGUAGGUUCACAUGGGUCACAGACAACAAUCCAUUGACCUACUACAAGACGCAGGAUACGGAGAGCAGCACGAUCGGGCGAUGGAUGUACUUCAUCGACCAGUUUGACUUCACACCGAAACAUUUUCUCGGCCUCUCAAAUCGCGUAGCGGAUGCACUCUCACGAAGACCUGAUCUUUGCGCUAUGACACAUCAUGCCUUCGCAUUCGACGAGGAGCUUCAGCGACACUUCAUCCGGGCAUACCAGUCUGAUCCGGACUUCGCCACGCUAUAUGCACAGCUAUCUUCGGAUUACCCGCCGGCCAGCCAUUACCGCAUUGUCGACGGGUACUUGCUCCUCCACUCGAGAGGCAAGGAUUUACUGUGUGUCCCACGUGACCGUCGUCUUCGGACUCGCCUCCUCGGCGAGUAUCAUGAUUCGCGACUCGCCGACCAUUUCGGAGUCAACCGCACUAUUGCACGGCUUCGACAGCGAUUCCGAUGGCCCGAUCUCAUUACCAAUGUCACUCAGUAUUACGACUCUUGCGAAGUUUGCCGACGCAGCAAGCCCCGCAGCCGCAAUCCCUACGGCGAGUUACGCCCGAUGCCUAUCCCACAGGAACCUGGUCUCUCCAUUGCCAUGGACGUCACCGGUCCGUUUCCCCGCGACCGGCUCGGGCACGACGGCAUCCUCACGGUGGUGGACCGAUUGAGAGGGUCCCCGUAGGAGAAGCAGAGAUCACGUAGCAGGUACAGGAAAGAUGGGGGUUAGGGUUUUAGAAGGCAAGAUAUAAAUUAGAUUUCAGGAGGGGUAAGUAGCCUCUAGUCUUCUGCAUUUUAAUCUUUCCCUCCCCUCUUUGUCAGUUGUACUAAUGAGGGGUCAAUUUUUAAAAAUUAUGGUUUUUGGAUUAGCUUGGGGAAAUCCCAAAGCAUGGGACACUGGACCCGUUUUCCAGUAAAAGCCUAAGCUGUUA